AUGCCCCCGAAACGGAAACGAACAGAGCCUUUUCAAUCGAUUCCCUUGCCGUCCUUGACGCGUCGCACAUCGCGUCAAACGCCUGUCCUACCCCCGCGUCCCACGCUCACGCUGGUGGCUCAGGCUCCAGAGGAGGCUGAGGCAAGCCCAACUGGACCAUGCGCCUCUGCUUCAGCUUCGGGGCCGGAUUUUCAACUUGACGGGCCGCAUCCACUGACAAUAACCACGGUCCCGCGUACGACUUCCCGGGCGCUUGUCCCAGUACCCACGCUUUCCCGUCAGCCUGCACACCGUCGAGACAAGUCGCCAGCAGCUGUCCACCCGCCUCUCACCCCCCCGGUUCCCAUAAAGCCGCCCGUAUCUGUCUCUGUUCCCCUUGCCGCCUUGAUUUCCACGCAGAGCAUGCCGGAUGUUGUCAUCAAAGAAAACACUCGUCGUCCAUCAGAUCUUGUCGCGCCGGAUACUAUCUACCAUUUCCCGCUUCCUCCCCCCCAUCGAAGAGCGCAGUCGUCUUUGGUACGACCUCUCGGGCCCUCUGCGUUGCCCUCACGAUUAGGCAGGCGUCCGGCACCUGUGAUUGUGACUUCGGUGCUGCCUCCAAACUCGCCCACCGUAGUGGCGAACGAUCGAGGGCCACCGAGAGCAGACCGCAACAUUGAUAAAGUCGUGUUGGGUGAUCUAUGCUUCCGUACCUGGUACCCGAGCUACUACGGCAAAGAAGUAUUGGGUGAUGCCUCUGGUAAUAAUGCUAGGGCUGGAGUUGGCAACAAAGAUGCAAGUCACGAGCCGGGCGGUAAGCCCUCGAAAAGGGAUAAAGACACCCAGCCCAUCCUAGAGAGAUUAGUCUGUGAGCGCAAGGGACACGUUCCUGGCAAAAAAAUCUACACGCAUCCUCGUGGCAGGCGAAAAGUAUACGCUGCACACGACGGCAAAGGCUCGGUACCCAAAAGGCGACGAGGCGACGGUGGUCUACGAUGCACCGCAGAGGUUAUUGAGGACCAGGGCGAAUGGAGCAUAUGGGAAGUCGACGGCGAGAAGAAUAGGCUCUUUUGCCAGAACUUAUGCCUCUUUGCGAAGCUUUUUCUUGACAACAAAUCCGUCUUCUUUGACGUGACUGGCUUCAACUACUACUUACUCGUCUACACGCCCCCAUUAAAGACUACAGGUUCAGCAAUGGAGCCAGUCCAUAACGGUCGUCGGCAAGUAACGGGAUUCUUCUCCAAGGAGAAAAUGUCAUGGGACAACAACAACUUGGCCUGCAUCUUGAUUUUCCCUCCGUGGCAACGAAAGGGCCUGGGGGGGUUGCUGAUGGGCGCUUCUUACGAGAUGUCUAGACGAGAUGGUAUCCUCGGCGGCCCAGAAAAGCCAAUAUCGGACCUGGGCAAGAAAGGGUACAAGAGAUUCUGGUCGGGAGAAAUUGCACGGUGGCUGUUGGGCCUGGAGAAGACGGCAUCAUGGCAAGCGCUGCCGCGCAGCCACAUCCACGACGUCCAGGCGGAACCGCAGGGGCUGGCAGAAGUCACGCAGGAGCUGAUUGUGGAUGUCAAUGACUGUAGUCGAGGCACCUGGAUAGCUGCCGAGGAUUGCCUCAUGGUCCUUCGAGAUAUGGGGCUAGUCGAAGACGCGGGCAUGGGAUUCGGCAAGCCUGGGACAGAGGUCGAAUGUGACCAAGACGAGGAAGGCGCGGAGGAGGAGGGAGGAUUAGGAGGCGAAGGGGAUGGUUAUGGAUCCGACGCAACACUCCCGGGUCAGAAACAUGAUGCGGCCUCGGAAUCUGCAGGCACAGCGCUUGCGAAGCCCGUGCCCCGUGUUCGAGUGGACAAGGACGCUGUACGCCGAUACGUGUCCGCACACGGAAUCAGUCUUGAGCGAGCAUGCGAUCCUGACGGUUUUGCGGAGCAUUACGCCGCCCAGGGCUACAACCACAACGACAAUGACAAGGACAAGGACAUGGACAUGGACAAGGACAAGGACAACACUGGAGGUGGAGAUGGGGAUAUGCAAACGGUGCAGACGUGA